UCGUCUCAGCGAUCACGAGGUCCACGAGAGGUACAACCAGGAGUGUUGCUUCUUGUUCAACAUGUUCGAUAACCGCAAGAUAGAUGCGAAGAAGUUGGACGCAGCGUUGAAGAGUUUGGCAAAGAAGUACUAUUACUCGGGGACGGGCUGUUGUCGUUUUAUCCACUGUGGUGACGUGGCUGGUAAUUCUCUGUCACAACCCUCAUCAAAAGUCCCUCAUGAGGUAGCUGCUGGCGGAUUUGCCAAUGUUAGUGGAGAUGCCACUAGUAGUAUGAAUGCCCCUCGUGAGGGAGACUUGGAGAUGGGACGUGCCAAUAAUAAUGGAGAUCCUCCGGCUCCAGGGGAUGUCCCUUCAUCAGUGGUACCACGUGUUGCCCACAUUGCAGAUCGAUCAAGUGAGUAUGGGGUAAAUGUGGCAAGGACAGUCUUUAGAGUCUCUGCUGCAGCUAGUUGUACUACGACAUCCAGUUUUGCUAAGGCUUCUUACGCAAUAGGUUUGGCUGAUAGUGGGGUUGCAAUUCUUCUUGCUGACACCCACUGGAAAGCAGCAACCCCCAUUUUGGCGAAGGCUGGCUUUGUUGCUUGUGCAGUUGGAGUGCUUGCAGAUAUGGUGAAGGAUCUCCCCUGCCCUUGUUCAUGGGGUCUAUGACUGCUGUAAUUUUUAUCAUCAUAGUUGCAAUGGUAUUUGCCAAACGUCUCGCUUGAAUAUGGGACUUUGCCGAAUAAAGAUUGAGAGCUCUAAUAUUCCUGAAUUUAGAGCUCUCUAUCAUUGUUGCGAUUUUGUCUCUUUUUUACUUUUUAUUUAUUCAUUAGCAUGCAGUUCUCUUUUCAACUUUUCCCCGGACUGAACUAUUAGCCCUCCUACUCAAAGUAAAUAAAGCUACUGUAAUGAUAUGCUCUGCAAGAAUAUUAGAAAUUUAAUAUUUCUUUCUUUUUUA